AUGGAUAAGUUGGCCUUCUACAUCAACGGAUUGCGAAAAGCAGGAGUUGAAAUUGAAAUAGCCAAAGGAGGAAGAAAUAAUGAUUUGGUGUUCAUCAAAUUGCAUUGCGUUUUGGAGGUACUCAUGGAGAUAGUUAAAGCUCACAAUAUCGUAUUGGAAAAGCAAAAUUUGAAGAAGAUGAGGGAAUCAGCAUUUUACAAGCAGAGUUUUGUUCAUACCAUUUGCAGUAGACCCGAUCCCAAGAACCCACUUACCUUAAGAGCACCACAAACGCUUUCUGGGAAUAACGCGACCACUAUGACUAGCGCAGAGAGAACCUUGGCGUUGCAUCGUUUGAUUAUUAGGACCAAAUUCUCGAAUGAAUUUCAGGAUAGAGGAAUAACCAGGAUGAUCACACAAGGUAUAUUAAUAAACGCUUAUCCGCUCCAUGAUAGCACUUUGACGUGGCCCGAACAAGGACCGAUCAGCGACAGACAAUUAUUGGGUAGAUUUUGGUCAAGGCUCAGCUACUUCUACAAAAUGCAGCCGUUACAUUUGAUCAGGAAAUAUUACGGACCUGAGGUGGCAUUCUAUUUUGCGUUUUUAGGAUUCUACAACAGAAUGUUGGUGCCUGCUGCUUUAGUCGGCUUACUGUGCUUCAUCAUCGUUUUCCUGACGUUAGAUGAUGAAAAUCCGCUAAUUAGAGAUUAUUGUAAAAGCGAUGCAGUUAUGUGUCCCAGAUGCUUAGACGCUCGUUAUUGCAACUUUGUGCCGUUGAAGUACUCUUGCGAAAUGGCGAAGAUCGUUCUACUGUUCGAUAAUUCCGCGAAUAUAAUUUAUUCGAUUUUGAUGUCCUUUUGGUCUACCAUUUUUAUGCAACUCUGGAAACGCAGAGAGAUCGAGCUCAGAUUCAAAUGGAACCUCAUGACGGUCGAAGCCAAUACAGCCACAAGAUUACAAUAUUACGAGAGAACCAAAUACAGAAGACCAUCGAAAUUCACCGGUGAAGAAGAACCCUACAUACCGAACCUCAUCAAAUCCUUGAAUUACUCGGUAACUGUGUUCUCCUGCCUAUGCAUGAUUUUCAUCGUAGUGUUGGCAAUUUUCAGCGCUAUGAUGAUAAAAUUCACCGUCGCCGGUUUCAUAUUGGGAAACGAUAUAGAAGUGCUAAAAAACCAUCUGAAUAUUAUAAUAAUGGCCCUUUCUAGUCUCAUCAACUUGAUAUUCAUGAAAAUAUUUGCUCCUAUCUACACUAAAUUAGCAAUAUUGCUGACAAUCCGAGAGAAUCCAAGAACAUACGUGGAAUUUCACAACUCUUGCAUCUACAAAUCUUACAUGCUCGGGUUCGCCAAUAGUUAUUUCCCAGUUUUCUAUUUAGCCCUGAUCAAGGGUCGAUUGUAUACUCAUCCUGGAGACAUGUCCGUCAAAACUAUACCAUUGUAUUCCGAUUUGUGCCAUCCUCCCGGGUGCAUCGUUGGAAUCACCAUAUUGCUCCUCUUUGUCCUAUUGUUCAGAUCGUCCGUUGGUCAGAUCAUUGUGAUCGUGAUAAGAUUAUUAAAGAGAGGUAAAGCAAAAUUGACGAAAGUCGACGAAUCGACUAAACUACCUAGUUGGGAGAGGGAUUACAAACUCGAGAACAAUCCGAAAUUUUGCAUGCUUAAAGAUUACAUGGAAAUUGCCAUUCAAUACGGCUUCGUAACGUUCUUCAUAUCAGCUUUGCCUCUUGCGCCGCUCCUCGCAUUGCUGAACAACAUCAUAGAGAUUAGAUUGGAUGCUGUCAAACGUGUAGCAACCUACAAGAGACCUUUGAUUAGUAGACUUCCGGGUAUUGGAGCUUGGAAUGUCGUCUUUCAAUUGGCCACUCGUCUAGGAAUCUUGACUAAUGCUUUCGUGAUUGCCUUCACCUCAAACACGAUCACCCGAGAGAUUCACAGGUUCGAAACUGGAUCUAUGAAGAACUUUGUAAACACUACACUUUCAGCAAUUGAUUUGGAUUCUGAAUGCAAUUUGCGCAAAUACCAUAUCAGAAGUACCUAG